AUGAAGACCGAAAAGGAAGCCACGGGCAGCCCCGCUGCUGAAUCUGAGGGGAGCCUCCAGCUCGUUGUGACGGGCAUUGUGGGAGAGGACUUGCCCGCGGCGACACCGUCGCAGAUUAAAAUGGAACCAGAAGAAGGAAACAUGGCAUCUUGGGAAAACCGGUGGCAGAAUUUCCUCAAAGAAGCAGAGUCGUCUUGCUCCAUGUGGGGAAACACCCCAGAGGACUCCUUGGGGGGCUGGGAAGGCCAGCAGGACGUCCGGGGGAGAAGGAUCGUCACCGUCCCGCCCGCCUUCAAGCAGGACGAACAAACCAGUUCCGAGGAAGCCCAUCGCCAGCGCUUCAGGACGUUCCGCUACCAACCGUUGGAAGGUCCCAGAAUGGCUUGCAGGCGGCUGAGGAAAUUCUGCUGGGGAUGGUUGCAGCCAGAAAGACGCACCAAAGACCAGAUCCUGGAGCUGGUGGUCCUGGAGCAGUUCCUGGAGAUCCUUCCUCGGGAGAUCCAGAGACGAAUUCGGGGAUAUGGAGCAGAGACGUGCUCGCUGGCGGUAGCGCUGGCGGAGGAGUUCUUGCUGAGGCAGCAAGAGGCGGAGCAGCCGGAAGAGGAG